AGCCGCCGCCGCCUGCCGGCUCCGACGCGUGCCGAGCAGCUGCAGAAAAGGCCGCGCUUUGCAAGCUUCCAUGUGUGCCCGGGCCGGAUCGGCGCAGGCAGCUUUGGUUGGGGAUGAAGAAGUAGCAAGAAGAAGCUCCAUCUCUGCCAUACCAGGAAUCUUAAGGACAAAAGAAGUGAGUCUGACGGCGCUUAUGGAAGAUUUCCUUGGACUCCAAGACUCCUGGAACUGAGGAAAUACCUGCAGAUCUCCAAAACUAGUUGAUCAGGUGGCGGAUUUUGUUCCAAGCUCCUUUGGGUCAUCAUGACUGGGAAAAUGGCCUCUAGCCUGACUUAUGCCGGAGUGAUCUGGGCCUUGUUUUCCUUCCUUUGCGCUGGAGCCUCCUGUGUGGGUUUCUUCAUGCCUUAUUGGCUGCUGGGUUCUCAGCUGGAGAAACCAGUCUCUUUUGGCACUUUCCGGAGAUGUUCCUAUCCUGUUCGAGAUGAGAGCCGCCAGAUGACAGUCAUGGUAGAGCAGUGUGGACGUUACGCAUCCUUCCAGGCCAUUCCAAGUGUGGAGUGGCAGAUCUGCACAGUGGUGACCGGUUUGGGCAGCGGCCUCCUUCUUCUAGUGGCCCUCACUGCGCUCAUGGGAUGCUGUGUAUAUGAGCUGAUCUCCAGAACUGUGGGCAGGGUGGCUGGAGGCAUCCAAUUCUUGGGGGGUUUGUUGAUUGGUUCUGGGUGUGCUCUCUAUCCUCUGGGCUGGGACAGUGAAGAAGUCAGACAAGCCUGUGGCAAUCUUUCCGACCAGUUUGAACUAGGUGAGUAAUCCUAACCUCAUGGAAAAUGGCCUUAAAUGAAAUAGAUUCACAAAACAAAACCAGAAAGAGAAAAACACACAUGAAUGAAAGAAGUUAAGAAAGAAUCUUCUAUUCUUUAAGAAAUGGAACAGCUGUAAAGCAACUUCAGAGACUCAUGCCUAUGUGCUAGUUUAACUGUGGUUUGGACUUGGCUGGAUUUGCAUAACAUGCUAAGAUAUAAAUCAUCUAUAAACUGCAAUUAUUGGGUAUGCUUAAAUUGUAAAGCAAUGAUAAUAAUAUAAUUAUAGACAAAAUUUACAUCUUUUGAUUGCAAAGAGGCCACACAGCUUGGAUCUACACAUAUACUAUGCUGAUUCAUCCUGAUCCAAACUCAAUGCGUAUGAAGGUCAGCACCAGCUACAGAGCUGGCAAUUGUGAUUUCACAUUGUUGUGUAUAUAAUUUUUAAAAACCCAUUAUGGUUUUUAGACUGUAGCGUGAACUGCAUCCUUAAGUAUCUUUUCUUCCCUGAUUUUUGCCUGCUCUAUUACUUUAAAUCUUGUGAGUCCUCUAUUCCGUAAAGUUAAACUCAUUUUGAAACCGUCAUCCUGAAUUGAAUGGGGAGGAUCCUACAUACAGAAAUCAAAAAGGAUGGGGUCUCCCCCCACCCAUCAUACUGCAGUAGAGGGAGAAAUGCCCUUGUUUUCAGAGAUAUUUCCUGAUUCCUGAAGAUAUACCCAAGUGCAAGCUAAACUAGGUUUAGGGGUGGAUAUCUGGACACAUUUUUGAAUCUAAAAGGAGUUUUUAAAUCCCUAAAAAACCCUCUGAUACAUGCCUGUUUUUAUACAAACCUCCCCCACCCAAAAAAACCCUAGGCAUUUGAUCUGUGCAGGCAUCUCUUGAAGGUAAGAAAACUUCAGGCCUUUGCCUAUUUUCAUACCAAGGAGUUACGUGUUUACAAACUUGGUGGGUGAGGAACAAAUGAAUAUGGCCUAUGAAUACAUCUGUUUUCCUUCAAUUAUUGAAUACAGGA